AGAACGAAGCACAUGCAAAAUGUACUGUUUUGGUGUCUUGGCUCUUUUGAAUGUCGUCUUCGUCCAUCUGACAAACAGCAAACCUGUGGAUGUUAGGAGCAGAUUACUCACCGCGGGAAACUCUCCCGAACACUCUGGCGACCUUGGGAAUAUGGAUGAAGAGGCCCCUUUAGACUUUCAGGCUUUCCUGGAGAAUCUGAAAGCGGAUUUCCUGAGGAACUUGAACUUAUCAGAGAUACCUUCACAGGAGAAGAUGAAAGAGGAGCCGCCCCAAUUCAUGAUUGAUUUGUAUAAUCGAUAUACCAAGGACAAGUCUUCCAGCCCCAUAUCCAACAUUGUCCGUAGCUUCAGUCCUGAAGAUAUUGCCUCAGGGGAAAUGGAUCCCUUUCAGAAAUACAUCUUGCUUUUCAAUGUCUCCAUCCCGUGGCAUGAAGAAGUCACCAGAGCUGAGCUUCGGAUCCACACUGCUUGUCAGGAGGAGCCAGAGUGUUUCUCUCGCCUUCAAGGAAACGUGGUCAUCUAUGGCAGUCUAGGAGGAGAUCCCUGGGAGAAACCAAAAGAUGCCCAAUCCUUCCUAGUCUCCAAAGAAAUCCAUGAAUGCGGCUGGGCGAUGUUUGAUAUGUCCGGCACUGUGAAAAGAUGGGUCAAGGAAGAGAAAGCAAGAACUACCAGUCAGCUACAGAUCACCGUGGAAAGUCAUGUUCAAAGGGAGCCCACCUGUGGGAAGCCGCACAUCAGCGUAACACCCGAGUCCAACCGUUUGCCCUUGCUGAUAGUGUUUUCCAAUGAUCAUGGCAACAGAAUCAAGGAGAACCACAGGGAACUUCAGGAAAUGAUGGCGCACGAACAGGGGAGCGUGCUUAGGAACGGCACUGUUCACAAGCAGGAUGCGAUGCCUGCCAGCGGAAUCCACCGUUCUUCAUCUAGAAGCAAACGCAGCGUGGAAAGCAACCACUGCCGGAGAACGUCUCUUCACGUCAACUUCAAAGAAAUUGGCUGGAAUUGGAUCAUCGCGCCCUCGGAUUAUGAGGCGUUUGAGUGCAAAGGGGGCUGCUUCUUUCCUUUGACGGAUAACGUCACCCCGACCAAACACGCUAUCAUCCAGACCUUGGUUCACUACAAGAACCCCAAGAAAGCAGCCAAGGCUUGUUGCGUUCCCACCAAGCUGGAAGCCAUUUCCAUGCUUUACAAUGACGAUGCCGGGACGCCCACUCUGAAAUACCAAUACGAAGGGAUGAAAGUAGCAGAAUGUGGCUGCAGGUAGGAGAGCAGAGGACCUCUCCUUCAUAACUGAACCAAGCAGUGGAAACUUUCUCUGCGGAUAUUUCAUAGAAUGGCACUUGUUGGAAAUAAAUGGCUGAGUAUGCGAACGGUUGUCUUCCAAGCUGACACCUACCUUUCUCUCUCUCUCAAGAGACAGACAGACACGCAC